AUGAAAGGGAUCAUAUCAGAAUCGUACUCUAGUUUAUUUUUAUUUCUUGUAUUAAUAUUAAUUCCAUCAAAUGUUGAAAAUAAUUUAUUAGAUUGGCAAUCAUCGACGAAUUUAUCAAACGUUGGUUAUCGAUUUCUGCCUGUUAACUAUCAAGCUUUGAUUCUAGCUGAAGUUACAAGUAAAUCUUUGUUCACAUGUGUUCGAACUUGUCAUUCGACAAGUGGUUGUCGUAUACUCGAUUAUGAUGAUCAAUCAAAAUGGUGUCGUUUGUUUGAAGGUAAUAUUGCAACAAUGGGCUCUAUUGACAAUUCUUCAUCUUCUCAAAUGCGUGUUGGAUCAAUAAAGUUUUUUCCACAACAAUUUAUUAAUCGUGGUCAAUCAUGUUCAUUUUGUCAAGGUAGUCGAUACCUACGAUGUCUGAAUAAUACAUGUCAAUGUCAACAAAACACGUAUUUUGAUGGAUCAAUGUGCCAAAGUCAGAAAUUACUUGGCGCUUCCUGUUAUAAUACAAGCGAAUGUCGACAAGAUUUGAAUUACACAUGUCUAGCACGGCAACAAUGUGGUCCGGCAUCGAUACAAACCGCAACUAUUGUUGCUGGCUAUAAUAAUGGUCAAUCUGGAAGUAAUUCAACUGGUCUUUCUCAUCCUACUGGAAUAUCAUUAGGAAUCGAUAAUGCACUUUAUGUAUCUGACUAUAGUAAUCAUCGUGUUAUGAGAUUUCCGGAAGGUUCUUUGUUGGGUUCAAGAGUUGCUGGUACAGGAUUUUCAGGUAGCGGUACUAAUCAAUUGUAUGGACCAACUGGUGUUCAUGUUGAUAAAUCAUCGAACAUCUACGUGGCAGAUAGUAUGAACUAUCGAAUAAUGUUCUGGAAGAUGAAUGCAUCAACUGGUGUUAAAGUGGCUGGUACUGGCUCUGUAGGCAAUACAUUUAGUUCUUUCGGUGUCAUAGCUGGCAUAUUUGUUGAUCAACAAGGUUUUAUUUACAUUUGCGAUUCAAGUUAUCAUCGUGUUAUGAGAUUCUCACCGAAUAUUACAAAUGGUAUAAUCAUUGGAGGAAAUGGUGUAGCAGGUUCUGGGAAUAAUCAGCUAAACUCGCCCUAUGGUAUCUAUUUUGAUGAAGUCCAAUCAUUUGUUUAUGUUGCCGAUUCAGGCAAUAAUAGAGUACAACGUUUUCAAGUAGAUGGAUUGAUGAAUGGAACUACUGUUGCAGGUGGAUAUGGUGCAGGAUCUGCAAAUAAUCAAUUGAAUAAUCCAUAUUCAGUAUGUCUAUCAACAACGAAUAAUGCGUUGUAUAUUGCAGAUCCAGGUAAUCAACGAGUACAACUCUGGUAUUUGGGCGCAACAAAUGGAGUAACUAUUGCAGGUAAUGGAGCAAUGAUUGGAAAUAGUUCAACGAUGUUAACAGGAUCUCUUGAUAUCAGAAUAAAUGUAAACAGUACCAACUUGUUCGUCAGUGAAAUGAAUUACAAUCGAGUAUGGCGCUUUCCACUCCUUUAA